UUUUGGCGUUUUUUUGGUUUCUUAAUAACUUUUCCGCCAGCAAAAUCAGUGCCACGCUCCGAGAAUGGAAUAAUUAGCUAACGAUACUCUUUCACUUUUUCCUGCUGGAUUGACGUUAUUGUCCACGAUCACAGGUAUUAUAAACCAGUUAAUUUGCCUUAACCAUGAUGUAGCCAUAAUCACAUUUUUCUGAGUUAUGACUUUAAGUUUAGUGAUGGGAAUUCGAAUACUGAUUAUGUAGAUAAAAGACUUGGAUCGCGCCAACACAACGGAGAGUGCGUUCAGUCUUUAGAAAGGGCUGAAUAGAUGCUAGCAAAGCUAGCUAGCUACCUAACUAUUACCCACGUUUUUAAUGUAUACUCUUUGCUAUAUUAUCUCCGAUGACUGAAUUGAAACUGAACCUAGCUAUAGCUCCGUUUUUUUUGUUUACUCGGGUAAAGUGGGUGGCAUUGAGUGAAGUCGUGGUUUGCAAUGCAUCGCUUGGUGACAUUGGGAUGGGUGUUUUUGUAGUUAGUAAGCGGUUCUCAAGGCAACCAAGGCCUGCUACUUUGAAGUCUGCCGAUGCUGCAAUCUCGAUGUCUCUCUGAAUUUCUGCUUCAACUGCCUUGGAUGAUAUAAGCACAGGGGUAUCAAGAGCCCCCAGUGACAAAGCUUUCCAUAAGAUGGACAUAGGCCUACAGCCAGUAGGCUAGAUUCUAAGCCAUGGCUUUGGGGGUGGGCUUCAGAGGACCACCAGAGCAGCCAAUCAGGAUGCUGGGCGACACCAGACCUGGCUAGAGUUCAGAGGUCAGAUCUGAGAGAGGAUGGAGCCCAAGGGGCAACGCACCAGGGCAGGGGUUUUGUUCUGGACCCCCGCUCCUCAACGCCCCUCUCCCUCCAGAUCCAUAGGCUCAGAGGUAGACUGGGGGGAAGAGGAAGAGGAGGAUGAGGAAGGUUGGGACAGGAAAACAGAAGAGGAGGAGGGCUUCCACACCCAGAUGGAUGAGAACGGGAUCAUAGGGCUGGAUGAGGCCUUGGAUGAUGUGGGUCUGGGAGGAGAGGAGGAGGAGGAGGAGGGAGAGGGGGGUGGAGAGGAGAAUCCACCCUGGUACUCUGGAGCCUUGGAGGGGUCCCUGUCCCCCAGUAGGGCAGGUGGGAUGGGGCUAGAGCUGGGGCUGGAGCACGUAGACCCUCUGGAGGAGCUGAGUUAUAACCCGAGUGAGCUGCAGGACUCUGAGCCUCUGUCCCAGUCUGAGCCACCUGGAGAGGACACGCACACCCUUUCACUCUACCCUUCUCUUUCUCCCUCUCUUUCUCUGCUAGAUGACGAUGUCCAGGAGUCCAAGGACAGUGUGGAGAUCUGGAGUGAGGAUGAGGAGCAGCAGCAGAAGGAUGAAGAGGAGCAGAGCUGGGUGGUCCACAGGCAGCGGAGGGAGUAUCUCCCAGAGAGAGACAGACAGCUGGACAUGACGGAGGACGAGAGGGAGGUAGAGGAGGAUGGAGAGGAGGAGGAGGAGGAGGAGGACAGCGUGCCACACGCAGACACUGACAUGAUGGUAUAUCCUGUCAUAGCUGGGGCUGGGCCUGGCUGGGGUCAGGGCCUUAGUGUCAGAGGAGAAGAGCGGGUGAAGGAGGAGAGAGAGGUCAGUGCCAUAAGCAGUUACAGUGCCGACCUACAAAUAGAAGAGACUAGCGAACUCUCAGAGAGUGACAACAGAGGGGGGGAACGGUUUGUAGAGAGUGUGUCUGAAAACCUCUCCUCCCUUUCCCCUCCCGACCUGCUCUGUUCAUCCCCCCAGUCUCUCUCCUCCCCUCCCAGAAGUUCUACCUUUCCUCACCUCCUCCACUUCUCCUCCGAGGAGUUGGCCUAUGCUCCAGGGAUUGAAGCCGAGACAUUCCCGGAGGAUCCCACCUUCACAGAGAGCCUUCCGGAAUCCCGCAGCAGCCGGAUGAGCAACGCCCCCAGGCCUCAUUGGCCGCUUGAGUCAGGGGGGGAGGAGCUCAAGCCUAGGACCUCCCCUUACCCAGCAGCUAUCUCUCCUGAGUGUGUGAUAUCAUACCAACUCAGCGAGAGAAACGAGAGGGGUGGAGAGAGCUCACAGGAUGGGUCAGGCGUUAACCAUCGGCAACACCCCUAUCCGAGGACGAUAAGACAGCGCUUAUGUGACACCCCACAAGCCAUGGCUCGUUCCUCUCAGAAAUCCUGGCAUGCACCCUCACAGUCCCCCCUUCACAGCAGCACCAAGGACUGGAGCCUCCGGACCCCCAGGGAGAGUCCCCCCAAACCCCAACCAAAGAGUCAUGACCCUGACAUGGACGAGGGCCGAAGAGGGCCACUGACCUACCCCACCCCAGACUUCUCCAAGGUAGAGCCAAGGGUUCGCUUCCCUAAGAGCGGCUACACCCCCCCCAAGAGCAAAGGCUCCCCCAGAAAGAGGUCUCUGUCAGUGGAGCCCCCCCUGGUGUUCAAGUCCCCUGCUGACAUAGUGAGAGAGGUGCUGCUGAGCAGUACAGACGGACCCCAAUCCCCCUCGCCCCCCAACGGGCCCCACAGGCCCCUAAACUCCACGGUGCCAGAGGACUUCAGAUGCCCACAACAGGCCAGCACCCUGGUACAGCAGCUGCAGGAGGACUACAACAGGCUGCUGACCAAGUAUGCUGAGGCAGAGAACACUAUUGAUCGGAUGCGUCUCCAAGCCAAGGUGGGCCUCUACUCCGACCCUCCCAAGCCCAGUCACACUGUCCAAUCAGGUGUACUCCAUGAAGGAUCAAAGGUCAUGACCCUAACUUUUCCCCAAGCUCAGAGGGCGGAGCUCAGCUCAGACUCCGUUUACCUAAAUGGACAGGCUGCCCACCAAGGACAUAGUGGAGUCUCCCCUGUCUGUCCCUCCUCAGCGGCCUCCUCAUCCCCCAGAAGCCUGGGCCCUGGAGUUGGAGAGCAGCUGACCAGGGAUCUCUCAAAGCAGGCGGAGAGGUUCCUCCAGCAGGUGCAGACAUUUGAAGAACUCCUGAGGAGAGGGAAACUUAAACCGUUUGAGCAGAUGAAGAGUUUGUCCCAGCUGCUGCAGGGGCAGGAUUCUCUGGAAAGAGGUUAUCUAGCAGCACGAGAUGAACACAGACUUCUACUGCAGAGCGGGGCCAAGCUGGGUCCCUUUGACCCCGGCAGGGAGUUGGAGGGCUGUAUAUUCCAGUGUGGGAUGCGUGUGGAGGAGCUCAAGGAACAGGUGGAGCAGACUGAACAGGACCGGCCCACCUCAGAAGCACCUCCCACUCCACCUCCUCACCCCACCCCCUACUCCAUGCCUGCAGGGGGCAGCGAGCCCAUGCCUCUCCCUGAGAGCCCAGUGUUACCUCUGCCAGGGGAGUCUGGGGGGGUGGUGGGGGUGGAGGUUAGCUCAGCCAGUGGAGAGAGCGAGGGAGAGGAGGGAGGUAUGGGAGAGGAAGAAGUAAUGCCGCCCCUGCUCCUCCGUCCCUUACGUCACAAACACAAAUGUGUAGAGAGAGACCUCAGCAUGCUGAUGGACCACUACCAGAGUUUCAGGGAGCUGCCCAGACUGCUAGACCUGGAUCUGACAGAGGGAGACCAUGACUCUCCUGAUGCAGGAGAAGAAGCCACACAUUCAGGCGGUGAGGGAACAAGAGAGGGACCACACCCAUGGACAGGGAGGGAGAAGGGCCACACAAGUCUCCCUCAGAGACAGCCAAUGCUAGGUCAGCAGGACGCUACAUUCAUUCCAACGGCGAGACCAAGGACCAGCAAAUCAGUUCCUCCUUCCCCAAAGGACCUCAGCCAAUCCCCUGCAUUUCAUGAUCUGCUGGCCAAUGACAGAAAGAGGUCAGAGGUCAGGAAGUCUCGUGGCAGCAGUCUGACCAGUCUGGGGGAGAGUGCUGCCUCAGAGAGGAGAGGCUCCAAACUGCAGCCUGGGACCAGGAGAGUGCCGUCCCAGGAUGGGAUCAUCUCACCAGAGACUGACAGUGGUUUUGUUGGCUCUGAGAGCAGUCGUCUGACACCUGCAGCACCUAGUCCUCUCCACCAGAGGGCCAUAGCGAGCCUGUCAGUCCCUGAGGAGCAGAGCUCAGGGAAGCCCCACCACACAGCCCCCGUGUCAGGGCAGCCUAUACCCUCCUCCUCCUCUCCCUCACACAGACCACAGAGACCACCCUUGCUGGAGCACAGUGAAGACUCUGGUCUGAGCACCCCAAGGCGGGUACGGGGCUCUUCAGGGAGAACCAGAGGCGGGGAGAGGAAGGGCACCUCAGCCUCCAGUUCCCCCCAGCACAGGGCCAGCAGGACUCCCCAGCCCUGGGAUGGCAGUGGGACCAGUGAGUUUGGACCAGACAGUGACCACAUCCACUCUGUGUCAGGGGAGGAUGAGGCACGUAGUGACCGUUCCACCCGAACAACCCAGCACCGCUACCAGCCAAGCCCCUCCCCCACUGCACCCUAUCACCAUGGCGAUCCCCUCCGAGCCCUGAGCUCUGGUCAGCUGACCAACCGCAAUGAGGCCAUCCAGUCCCUGCAGGCGGAGGUAGGCAGACUAAAGGAGCGACUAGAGAGCAGUCUGAGACAGACCAACCCUCCCAGUCCUGUCAGAGCUCCCCCUUCAGCCCAUGAUGACCACACACACCCUCUCAGCUCAACACCUCGCACCAGGUCUGUUCAGCGAAGGAGGGAUGGUGGUAGAGAGGAGAGCAGGGAGGAGAGGAGGUGGGGUGAGGAGCAGCAGGUGGAGGAGAGGGCUUCCAGGUUGACUCCUAGAAGAUCAGCCUCUGUACCCAGACAGAGACCUGACCUGGACAUCAAUUCGGAGCAUGCCCAGUCCACACCCAGACUUCAGUCCUCCAGACGUAUCCCAGUGUCCCCUGCAACGUGGGGAGGCAGCCGUGGCAGAGCAGAGACAGUCAGGAACAGAGGAGCCCACACAAGGCAGCAUGUCAGUAUGUCUGUAGGUGGAGAUGGAGGAGAGAAACCUGACUGUAGAGGGAGGCAGGACCCUGUGUGUCCACAAUGUUCCCCACAGACACACACCCAUGGACACUCUACACGACCAGAGGGGGGUGGUGGUGACACUGGGGCUAUCCACAGUCACACUGGUCUUCAUUCUCUUCACUGUCCUAUGUGUGGAAGGUCUGAGACGUACCGGAGCACAAGCACGAAACAUGACCGGAGGACAGAGAGAGACUCAGGUCCCGCCCACAGAGGCAGCCGGCCAAUGAGCUCCCCCCACAGAGAUGUGAGAGGCGUGUUAUUUGCAGCGCCGCCCCCUCCUGUGCUGGGCAGUGUGCCACUGGUCCAGUUUGUGCCAGUGUGCCCGCCAGUUCUGUACUACUCCAGCCCUGUGCUAAAUGUAGCUCCAUCCCACCCCCAGCCCAUCUACGUGUCUCUGGGUGGGGGUGUGGCCACUGGGGUUAGGGGUCAUCAUGAGCAGGUCAGAGGUGGAGCUGGCCGUUCCCUGUCUGCUGACCAGCGCUCUCUGAGCAGCUCUCUGAACCAUGCCAUCGAGGCGGCCAGGGGGAUGAGGGAGUCUUCCCGACGCAUGGCCCGCUCCAUCGCAACCGGACUGCACCACCAGGAGGCGCUGUCACAGUCCUGCAUGUACUGAUGGACCAGACCAGACACACACACCAGGGUUGGAUUCAUUAGUGUACACUGUAGCAAAAUGUUUAGCAAUUUAAAAGGAAAACAAGAGUUUCUUAUUGGAGAAGUUCAGGUACUGGUAGUCCCGCCCCAUUUCCCUGGCAAGUCUUUGGACCAACCACUCUGUACUGACACGGAGGUCUCUAAAUGUGAAGAUAUUGUACUGUGCACUUAAUAUUUAGUUUAUUUAGUAUAACAGUUUGGUAUUUGGGGUAACAUGAAGCAAGUGCCUGGGUAUGGAUACUAGGGCCUCAAGCCAGUCAUUCAGCUGCAGGCUUCUUGAUAGCAGGGAGUGAGGAAUGACAGACCCUUAACAUCAGUAUUUGAUCAUCACCCAGUGGCUCAGCACUGAUAGUAAACCAGGGUCUACAAACUGUACUUUAUACAGGUUACUACAGGUUACAGUUUACUUUAUACAGUACAUGUUAUAGCUUUAGAUGAAAGGUGGAGUGGCUAUAUUGCAAUCUCAGGUAUCAUAUAGAAACAACAGUUGUGGGAUCUGGCAGCUUAAGUGUAGCAGAGGUGGACCACACUGAAUCCACAAGUUCAUCUCUUACUCAUAAAAUGCACUAGAAUCUGCAUAUUAAUGAUUUACGUUUCGAAAUAACGGACAUAUGCACAUGUUUGUUUAGUUUGCUAUGAAACCUGGAAUUAGUUGUGGACAUUAGUUUUGUUACAUUUGUACAAUGGAUGUGAGACAAUUGCUGCUAUGGAUCUUCAGACGAAGAGAGGACAUAUUCACACAUUGAUGUGUUUAGUUUUUUACCCUAAGUUAUUGAUUCUAAAUCAGGGUUCCCCAACUGGCGGCCGGCGGGCCGGUUUCAUUUGCCCCGCCCUUCCAUGCAUAAUAGAGAGACACGUGAUCCUAUACAAAUGUAAGCAAGGUUUGAAAUGAUUAUGUUUUAGUCAAACAUAUCUGUUUCAAUUUGCAGUUUACAAAUUAUUUGGAAUUAUGUUCCUGCACCCCGACCAUUCGCUCAACAAAAAAUCGGCCCGCAGCUGAAUCUAGUUGAUGAUCCCUGUUCAAAAUGGUUUGUUUAGGUUUUAUUCUUAAUCAUUUGUGUAAUAAUUAGUUAAUAAGGUUAGUAAUUGGUCGUGCUGUAGUUGUACCCGCCAGGAAAAUAUUUUAUCAGAAAAAUAAGCACAUUUUUAUAGAUGGUCUUAAUAGUUUGUGUUGAACACAAAAAUAUGACUUUUUAGAAAUACAAAUUUCUAGGAUUUCAGAAAUGCAGGUUUAAAAAAAUCUAGAUCCUGAUAUAUUUUCUACUAUGAUUGAUUAUCAAAUGAUUUUUUAAACAAAUAUUUUGCAGCAAAAUAUUUUUAUUUCCGCUUUGAAGCCAAAUAAAUGUUGAUGUUGAAACAACUAAUAGUUGUUACUAAGUAAGGCUGACUAAAAGUUGUUAUUAAGUAAGGCUGAUGUCGGUUAUAACCAGAUUGUUACUCUUGGCCAUGAACUGCAGGUAUGGAUAAGUCACUUGGAGGUCACACUGUUAGAGGCCUGUCGAGUUGUUACAACACAGAGUUUCUCUGCACAAAAAUAAUAACAAAAGCGUUGUGGAGACACUACACAAUGGUUGUAUACAUUUGUAUCACAGCCAUUGUGUAAAAUGUGUUGUAGAUCAGUCGUACAACCUGGGUGUGUAUGGGGCCAGAGAUCUUCUUCAGGGUCUUACUGCACAAUGUGAACUGUGAGCCUGAAAAUGAGAGGGUUAACUCACUGAUACACCACAGUAAAGAAUGGCAUAAUUGCAACACCUUUGAGUACCUUACAAUGUAGCUAAGAAUGUGCAGAGUCUUUCUCCUUGUAAUGGAAGCCAAUUUAUUAGACAGCCUUGGUACAUUGGUACAUUGGUACAUUGGUACACAUGAUGUAUACUUUUGUUUGUGCUUCAACACUCGCAAACAUAGAAUCCCAAUGAGUUAAACAGGUUUAGGAAAGACUUAAGUUUCAUUUAUUAAGAUUUUUUCUCUCUGAUAAAUAACUUUUGAUAUACAUUAAUUGAAUAGACAGAGACCCUAUACAACAGCAACUGAUAAUAGGAAACAAUUCAAAUUAAAUUAAGCGUUUGCAUCACAGAUAACGCAUAAUGCAAUAUACAACCUGUUUGGCCAGGAAAGAGAAAGGAAAAAAUUUGAAAUAAAACGUUGAAAUAUU